AUGAGCGGCUUCAAGUUCCCCGUUGAUCUCAGUCAAUUCAAAAAGAAUCUCGCGCUGGAUCCCAGCAAUGCGACCCUCACCGCCGAACAGAAGAAAGACCUUCUAAACAACAUCAACAUCUUCAGAGACGCAAUCAUCGCUUUCACUGCGACCGGUGCCGCUCGAGGUGUAGCAGGUCACACCGGAGGCCCCUUCGACACAGCGCCAGAAGUCUGUAUCCUACUCGCUCUGAUCCAAAAUAACAAAAACAGCUUCCUCGAUACAUUUUUCGACGAAGCCGGUCACAGAGUCGCAACUCAGUACCUUCUCGCAACACUCGAAGGCCACCUGAAGCCCGAACACCUCCUCAACUACCGCGAUGCCAAUUCAAAACUUCCCGGCCACCCUGAGCUUGGUCUCACGCCCGGGAUCAAGUUCAGCUCCGGUCGACUCGGACACAUGUGGGGAAUGGUGAACGGUGUGGCAAUGGCCAACCAAGAUAAGAACGUGAUCCUGCUCGGCUCUGAUGGGUCCCAGCAGGAAGGUAAUGACGCCGAAGCUGCACGAAUUGCAGUUGCUCGGAACCUGAAGGUCAAGGUCUUCGUUGACAACAACGAUGUUACUAUCGCCGGCCACCCUUCCCAGUACCUGAAAGGCUAUGAUGUCGCGAAUACCCUGAAAGGCCACGGUCUCCACGUCGUGCGUGCCAAGGGAGAAGACGUGGAUUCCCUAUACAAGGCAAUGUGCGAAGUGAUCAACUACAAUGGCCCUGCCGCUGUUGUCGUGGAUCGGACCAUGGCCGCUGGCAUCGAGGGAAUUGAAGGCGAGACCCACGCACACGAUGUCAUUACCGUCGACGUCGCCCGCAAGUAUCUUACCAAGCGCGGCUACAGCAAGGAACAGCUCGCCUUCUACGAUGAGAUUAAGGGCCGAUCAAACCCGCACACUUACAUCGGUUCCAGCAAGGACAAGGGUUCCAACCGGAACAUUUUUGGUGAAGCCGUCAACGGUAUCCUCGAUGGUCUGAGCAAGGAGGAAGCUGCCCGUCGCGUGAUGGUGAUCGACUCCGAUUUGGCCGGCUCUACUGGAUUGAAGGCCAUUGGCGCCGAGCACCCCGAAUCCUUCGUUGCAUCGGGUGUGAUGGAGCGAGGAAAUUUCUCCGCCGCCGCUGGAUUCGGCUUUGGUAGCAAUGGUGAGCGCCAGGGUGUCUUCUCUACAUUCUCGGCUUUCUUGGAGAUGUGUAUUUCCGAAAUCACCAUGGCACGUCUGAACCACUGUACUGUGUUGUCGCAUUUCUCACACAGUGGUGUCGACGAGAUGGCCGAUAACACCUGCCACUUCGGUCUCAACCACUUCUUCGCCGAUAAUGGUCUGAUCGAGUCCGAUGCUUGCUCUCUAUACUUCCCUGCAGAUGGCGAGCAGAUGAAGGCUGUCGUGAACAAGGUCUUCUGGGACAGAGGCAUGCGGUUCAUCUUCUCCACCCGCUCCAAGGUUCCUUACAUUCUCAAGGAUGGCGUUGAUGAGAAGCUGUAUGGAGAUGGCUAUGAAUUUGUUCCUGGAAAGGAAGAAGUCAUUCGCACCGGUACCGCUGGUUACGUCGUCUCCUAUGGUGACAUGUUGUACCGAUCACUCGACGCUGUCGAGAACCUUCGCAAGGAGGGUCUGAAUGUUGGUUUGAUCAACAAGCCUACGCUCAACGUUGUUGAUAAGGAGACAUUGAAGAGAUAUGGCGAGUCUCCGUUCGUCAUUGUUGUCGAGUCCAUUUCUCAGAAGACUGGUCUUGGGUCUCGUCUUGGCACAACUCUGUUACAGCAUGGCUACAAGCCCAAGUUCAGGGCAAUCGGUGCGGUGAAGGAUGGCUGUGGUGGAUUGUUCGAGCAGAUCAAUUACCAGGGCAUGUCCCCUGAGAAUAUUAUUAAGGAGAUCAAGGAAGUUGCGUCCGGAAAAUAG